AAUCACGGGUUGGAGUGGCUCCAUGAGCCCCAGCUGAUGCUGAGGCUCUCUCAGCCUCUUCUGCUUUCCUCCCGUUGGCGGAGCGCCCCGCGGGCCACGUGGUCUCAAGUAUAAAAAACUUUGAGCGUGAGGUGGCUUCAGUGUCGUGAUUGCGAGCGAGAAACCUAUAAAGGACAACAUCCCUUCCUGAAGGCCCGCAGCCUACACGAGCACAGGACUCGGCAGUGGGAAUUCCCUGCAGUGCACUCAGACCAGAGUGAGAGAGAGAGAGAGAGAGAGAGAGAGAGAGAGAGGAGGAGGAGGAGGACAAAUGCAAAAAACAUCAUUUGAAUUCCAAGCGGCGAAGGAGGGAAAAAAGAAGGUGUGAGCAGUUUCUCGGAGAACUUCUGAAGGAACUAAUACGCCAGGUCAGACCAGGAGCUGAGGGCUCUGCGAGUUCCGCUCGACCUGCACAGCCUUUAUUUUGCUGUGAGUCUGUCGUGAUCAGGAGAUGCCAGCCGCGCGGCGAGCGCUGUCCCCACAAGACAGGAGCCCUUCGUCCUUCGUAUCAGCUCAGUAGGAGCUGGAGCUCGAGCGUGGAUGCUGGGAAAGAUCCCCGAGAGCGGCUCCAUCCUGAGUAAUGAGUGAAGGCUCGGCGCGUGGAGCUCUGCGUGACACGACAGCAGCCCGGUACCGCUCCUGAGUGACAUCCACGAGAUCUUCCCGAGGAGGAACUAACGAGAACGAGCGUGUUUCGUUGCCUCUGCGGCUGCUUAAGCGUCUCGCGCUGCCCGGGCUGGCCGGCAAACUCGCGCUGACCCCGUCCAUCGGAAGCCAAAGCUGAAGUGAAGAAGAGAAAAUGAGUCUGAGUCUGAGUCUGAGCUGCCUCGCGCUCUGCUUCGUCCUCUCCGUCCACUGGGCUCAGGCCCAGGAGUCAUGCAGCUCGUGCGGACUCGGCCGCCCGGACGACUCGGACAGAGUGGACACGGACUUCGUGGAGGCCGUCAAGAGGCACAUACUGAGCCGGCUGCAGAUGAGGCAGAGACCCAACAUCACGCACCCCAUCCCCAAGGCCGCCAUGGUCACGGCGCUCAGGAAGCUCCACGCGGGCAAAGUGCGGGAGGACGGCAGGGUGGAGAUCCCGCACCUGGACGGCCAGGCCGCCUACGCCAACGAGGUGCAGGAGGAGACGUCGGAGAUCAUCAGCUUCGCAGAGUCAGAUGAUUCAGUCUCAUCCAAGUCGACUCUCUACUUCAUGAUCUCCAAUGAGGGCAACCAGAACCUGUACGUGCAGCAGGCCAACCUGUGGCUGUACUUCAAGCUCCUUCCUGGUGGGCCGGAGAAAGGCCUGCGACGGAAGGUGACGGUGAAGGUGCACUACCAGGAGCCAUCGGUUCAGGGUGGGGGGCGCUGGCCGCUGGUGGAGAAGCGGGUGGAGCUGAAACGCAGCGGCUGGCACACCUUUCCGCUGUCAGAGGCGGUCCGGGCAGUGCUGGGCAAAGGAGGCCGGCGGCAAGACCUGGACGUGCACUGCGAGGACUGCGAGGCGGCCAGCGUUGUUCCCAUUCUGGUAGACACUACUGACCCCUCACACCGGCCAUUCCUGGUGGUGCGCGCCCGGCAGGCUGACGGCAAGCACCGCAUCCGCAAACGUGGCUUGGAAUGCGAUGGCACCAGCGGCGGCCUGUGCUGCAGGCAGCAGUUUUACAUCGACUUCCGACUCAUUGGCUGGAAUGACUGGAUCAUCGCACCUGCCGGCUACUUCGGGAACUACUGCGAAGGCAGCUGUCCCGCCUACAUGGCCGGUGUGCCCGGCUCGGCCUCCUCGUUCCACACAGCUGUGGUCAACCAGUACCGAAUGAGGGGCAUGAGCCCGGGCUCGGUGAACUCCUGCUGUAUCCCCACCAAACUCAGCACCAUGUCCAUGCUCUACUUUGAUGACGAGUAUAACAUCAUCAAACGGGAUGUCCCAAACAUGAUCGUGGAGGAAUGCGGUUGCGCUUGAGAGCUGUGUUGAAAGGUAGACUUUGAACUAAAUCAAAGAACGAUGCAACAGACAUAUUUAUGGUCCGUGUGUACCACAUGCAUAUAGAUGUUAUUAUAUGUACACUCAGAACAAGUACAAUCACGCACGUGCGUGUGUGCAUGGAGCAGCAGUUCGUCAGAUACGUGACAGAGGAGCGAUUUGGUCCCUUCUUAUGAAUACAAAGGCAUUGAAACAAGAAGGGAAAAGUUAUCACCAAAAGUUUAUUUUUUCUAGUUUGCCAUUUCUAGAGUUAAAAAAAAUGGCAUGGGCCCUCUCCUCUCCAACUGUGUGGAAAGAGAGGGACAUGUCUGACUUUACCUGUGACAAGCUGGUUUUGCCUAUUGGUAUGAGUACUUAGCAACAGCCGUUCCAAGACAUUUAAAAGCACUGACAUAUCAACGUACUUCAAAACAUCAGCACUUCAACAGCAUUUCAAAGACUGAGGUGGGGCUUUCAGCAAAUAUGGAUGAUCCUCAAGGCAUUCACACUGCCAUGGCUGAAAUAAUCAGCGGCAUUGUUACAUAUCAAUCGGGUAGACUAAAUGCGAAUGGCGUCUUGGACAUCGGCAUGCAGAGAAAACUGUUUCUCUCGCCCUGCGGAUGCAAACAUGUCCAUGUGGCAGACCACUGAACCAAGGGAGGGAGGUCUGACAGGUGAAGUAUGAUGUUCUAAUUGUUUGGCUGUGAACUUCAGUGGCUCAUAAAUGCUGUCAGCACCAUGUGCUCUGUGGAGGCGUCAUCAUACUGACCAGCUGGCCGUACAGCACUUGCAAAAAGCGCUCGGAAUGCACAAUUUAAAGCACUUGCAUUUUGAAAUGCCUUCAAAAGAGUUCUCAAGAGGUGCACCUACCCUCAUUCAUAGACCUAGUAAUAUAAAGUGCCGCAUGAGCUAUGCAAUGUAUAGUAACGGUGAUCCACGUCAGACUGAGCAUUUUCUUCUGCUAAUCUUUAACUCUUUAUCAAUACUUGAAAUGUGAUCUUUCGCUUGCUUUUCCAAAGCGGAUGAUUGUUGAAACGUUUGCACUGAAAAGUUGCGGAAUUAAUUAAAAGAACAAGAAAAACAAAAAAGACAAAAAAAAGAACUGCCAUUGAGAAAAAGUUAUUUUUAUAGUAGUAAACUGAAUUUUGUGAAAAUGUAUUUACCUUAUAAUGGAACCAAAGAGGCCAAUAUUUUAGCUAUUAUAAUACAGUGGCAAGGCCAUUACAAUAUGUGUAAAAAAAAAAAAUUGUUGAUCCUUUUCAAGAGGCCUAAUUACUGUAUCAGGGUACAACAACAUGGAUUCCAUUUUAGCCCAUGUUCUUUUUGUUUUCGUUUUGUUUUGUUAUUACUUUGUACAGCAAACUUAUGGAACAGUCUUUUCACCUUUAAUUCUCCAGUUUUCUAUUUAAUAAAACUUAUUUCUAGCUGUUAUUAUAAAGUCAGUUAGUUAAACAUAUGUCA